AAAUAACUUGGAAACGGGUGGAAAUAACUGACGUCAUCUCCUGUGUGGGUAACUAGGGACUACCCGGGACCAAUUUAGGUAAGUUUUCCAAAUCUGGGUCCCUGAAUCCGUUUCGGAAUGGACGGGUUGAUGACGUUGAUAAAGCUAGUUUUAUAAUAAUACAAUAGCUGCCUUUGACAUAGUAAAACUACUAAAAACGAAAAAAUAUGGAGGAAAAAGAAGAAGAUGGUACUUGUCGAAUGAAAAAAAUUGACUGGGACCAAACAUGCUAUGUGCCGAAGCCUCAUCUUAUAACAGAGGAAAGCUUUAACAGACAUGCUAAAACGUUAUCAUAUAGAGAUUAUUUUCUUUUGUUUACAUCAAAAUCGGCUGUAGAUGAAAAAGAAGAAGAUGAAGAUGUGACAAAUAAGAACAACGAUAGAGACUCGGAAGAUUUUAAGAUUCAAAACUCUAGAAGGAGUGAUAUUUUUGAAACGGUUAGCAAAGAGCAAGUACAUUUUAAGAAUGCAACAACCUACCAUAUAUUAUCACAAAUGCCAAGCUCAAAAAUUUCAAAUUCUGACCGUGUGUUCUACCAUUGGUAUAUGAAGAAUACAAGUGAAGGAAAGAAGGUAGCAUUGCGACAUGAAAAUCAGGUCAAAUUCAAGGAUUUGAUUGGUCGCAUACAGUUAGAACAAAACGAGUAUCAGAAGUUUCUUCACCAUGCUUCUCAAAUAAGCCUGAAUGAGUACAUUUAUGUCAAGCCUGUAGUUAAAAAGGAGAUUUUGGAUAACAUUCAAUCGUUAAUUACGAAAGAAUUAGAGAAUCACGAGGCUUCAUAUUCGCUGCUACAAACUGUUAACUUUGACGUCAAUUUGUUAAAAGAAACAAAAGCGACAUUUAGCUUUGUUCGAAAUGUGCGCCCACAGACCAAACGACCGCUGCUUAAUCUACCAAAAUUGGGUACACCAAUUAUACCAACAAUGAAUACAUAUAUCGAAAAAGAAAGUAUAAAAAAGCAAGUACACAUAUCAGACGAAAAAAUCGAAGAAUUUUGUUUCGUAGAGGACGCGGCUGUUUAUAUGACUGGUUCUGCUCUUUUGGCGAUCAUGGAAAGUUUUAUUGAUACGACGCGUGAGUGGCUGAUACCUUUUCAAGUUAAAGAACUAACACAAGAGGUUUCGAAUGCACGGAAAGUCAUAAAACUAUGCGAUCCUCUUCCUAGUCGGCAUAUCAGCACAAGAGAUAUUAAUUACAUGUUCUAUAAACAGCAAGUUCAAACUCAAUUCGGCGCUUCAUCAAAAACCAUCAAUGAAAACGUGACUUUAGUGCAGGACGAACCAGUUGAAGGCUGUUCAAAUAAACCGGCAGACGAUGGCGAUUCCUGUAUCAACUUGUUGCAGUGUGGUGAUACAAAAAUUUUAAUAGAAACCAAUGUUGACUGCUACGACAGCAAAUCAAAACAAAGUUACCAAGUAAAUCCUAAAAUCGAAUAUCAGCCAUCUAUUGGAUUUGAACAGUUUGCUUUGCUUGAUUUAUGCAGAGCUUGGUGGGGUAGUAUGAUAGCUAACACGGAUUGUGUGUUGUGUCCGCGCAUUGAUGUGAGAAAUGAUUGCAUCUUGCGCGUAGAUGUAUAUUCUCGUGACGUUUUAUGUGGACCAGGUUGUCCGUACAACCCACAGUUCUUUUUCAAUCAUCUUAAACAUUUAUUGUCAGUUUUAACGAACUUAAACACUCUUGGUAAUUUUUUGAUGGAACAUGCUCCAGGAAAGAAUUCAUUUUUCUUGUUUCGCGAAAAGUUAAACGGCUUUGCAUCUCUUUCUUCUAAGUAUAAAGACUUGGUAAAUAAAAAGAAAGAUAUAAUUCUCGAGCCUGUGUCACCAUGGUUACCGAUUGAUACCAAUAUUUUACCGAACCACUACAAUCAACGUAGAGAGAUACCAUGGAUAUUUCCGGAGUCAAAGAGCGUCAAAUUUCGUGGCGGAAGAAAUAAAAGUACGCCUCGUAAAGGGAAAAAGAGGAAGACGAAUCAUGUAGAAUCUAAUUUUCAAACAGACGAAGCAUCCAUUCCUGAUAUGCGUAUUUCGACAGUCAUCGAUGAGAAGAAAAUUAAACACUAUGGUGGAGAUCUACAAGAUAUGGAUCUCUUUUAAAAUUUUAAAGUUUUUUAUAGUCGCUUGGAACAAACCUUGUUAGGCAAGUGUGAUUUGGGCACUCCAUAACACGCGCCAAAAAGCUGUGUGUUUUGUCACUGCUUUCAGUGAAUUUAACGAGAUUUUCUUUUUGUUUUAUUGAUUUUUUGAGAAUUAAUAAUUAAUUUUUAUAAUGUACAGUUUUCUGUGUUUUAUUUAAUAAACCGAAGUUGCGAUAAA